GAUCCUAACCAGUCCCUAGCACCGCCUGUACCACAGCAGAUUUCGAGUGCAAAUCAGAUUCAGUCUCAAACUCAGGUUGUUACUUCGCUGGCACCUCAGGUUACAUCGCCGUCGCAACAACAGGUCAAUCAACAAAACAUGGUGAAUGGUCAGGCUAAUGUGGCCCAACUGCAACAAGCGCAGUACCCGAUGCAACAGCAAUCUAUGGCACAACCAGUAACAUCAAAUGGUAAAAUGCAAGUACCCAUAUCUUCUGCAUCUAACCCUGUAUUAAGUGCUGCUUAUAAUGGUAAAGUUAUUCCACAACAGCAGCAACAAUCAUUUAUGUACCCACAACAACAAGGAAUGAUAUCGCAAGCACAACCUCAAACGAUGCUCGUCGGCUCGGACUACAGUGUAUAUCAACAGCAACCUGCCGCAGGAGUAAUACCAAAUUCUUUACCACAACAAUUAAACUCGUCUUACACGAUGCCUUCAGUUGAUAAUGCCAAUAGUAUUACUGCCCAACAGUAUGCAAAUCAGCAGCAGUACGCAAACACGUACCAGGUUAUUGGUAGGAGUAUAUUGUAG